GGCCGAUAUUUAUGUACGCAAUAGAUGAUCUAUUUAGCUUCAAACAAUUAAUCAACAAAAAUACUGGAACAACACUAGUAGAUCUGUAGGCAUACAAGUAGCAUAUUCUUUGGGACUUAACUUGAGUGUUUUAACACUUUCGUUUAGCCCGGGAUAUAAGCAUGGAUAUUCCGUUCCAAUGGAUGUGUUUAAUGAUUUUAUUUUUGCACACUUCUGGACAAAUCAUUGCAGCGACAAACCGUAAUACUGUCCAAGGAACCUUUCCAAAGGCUACAGGAUUAAGCAUGCCAAUUCGUAGCAUAAAUUCUCCUGUACAAAAAGGCGGGAGAAAUGAGGUGCGUAUUUCUGAUCCUAGACUAGCAGCUCUGAUGGGAACUAAGUUACCAAAACCUGGAGUGAAAACGAAUCAUGGCAAUCUUUUGUCGAGAAUGCCUUCCACUCAAGUGACUAUGGCGCCUGGAAUUCAGAGAAGUAGUCUAGGAAGCCCUUAUCCCAAUACAGCUUAUAGCACAUCUCAGAGUAGAGUAUCCGUAUAUGCAGUUCAAACUACUCCUUCUCCUAGAUCGAGGACGUUACCUACUGGGAGUCCGGUUGUCAGUAAUGAAUUUGUUCCGCCAGCUCCAAAAAGGACGGCAAUUCAGUCUCAAAAGGAACAGUUACGUUCGAACACAGCUAGCUUACCUUACCAACAGUUUACGAAUUCACGCCAAACGGUACAAACAUUCAAUAAACAUCAAAAUGCACAUACUCCGCAGCAAGUUCUACCAGGAAGGAGGAAACAGGAACAAAUGUACAAUAAUCCAAACAAUGCAGCAAAAAUGCAACAACAGUUAUCACAGCCAAUAAAGAUACAAACAUCUGGUGGUAUACAAAAGCCUCUACGUCGUCAGCAGCAUCCAACAUCCAAACUACAAGGACAAAAUUCACCAUCCAAUGUUUCGCCAAGAAUUCAAUUACCGAAACGUGGAUGGUCAAGAUUUCAAGGUUCAAAGACGUCAUUUAGUGCCCUUCAAACCCCACUUCCUUUUCAGAAAAAUACUCUACCGAGAAUGGGACGUACACAAUCGUCACAAUUAGGUGUUUUACAAGAUCCACCUUUUUCGCAGAAUGCAGAACAAAGAAUACGCCCUGGACAAAAUUCAUCAUCCAUUGUCUCGAAAAAUCCCAAUUUUCCACAAAACAGAGUGCCAAACAGAAAUAAAUACACAGAAAUAUCAUCGGAUAAUAAUAUGCAACACAUACCUUCAGUCGACCAAAAUGAAGUUCCACGAAAAAAGGAACAUAUACAAAUUUCAUCCGCUAAUAUUUUACGAAACUUGCCAGUCGAUCACCAGUUAAUGCCGCGAAGAAUUAAUAAUAAACAAGAUUUUUCAUCAUAUGCAAUACAAAAUCCACAGACUCCCCAGCAAAUAGCACCAAAGAGAACGAAUCCAGCGCAAAUAUCAUCCACCAGCUUUCAAAAUCCACCUGUUCAACAGCAGCGGGCACCAACAACAAUGGAGAAUACUCAGACAUCAUCAAAACCCUUACAAAAUCUGCGUUUUACUAAUACUUUGAAAUCAAAGAAAAGAGAUUUUGCAAAGGUUUCAUCACUGGAGGUUAUGCAAACACGACCUAUUCCUCAACAGCCAUCACACUUCAAGCACUCGCACAAUUCAUGGUCUGAUUCGAAAUCUCAAAUUUUUCCUGUUUAUAAGAAUGUAGCUGCAAGAAGAAUGGAACCACGGCAGAUUGAUCCUUCAUCUAAUACAUUAUAUAACUCACCUAAUUCCACUCCGCCAGUCCCUGAAAAAAUGAAACCUAUACAGCCAUUACAAUCAAAGUCCUUACAAAUUCAACCCAUCCAACAACGGAAAGAACUGAGGAGAAACAUUCCAGUUUACCAACGAGUAAUGCCAAAUAAAGGGCAUUUACAAAUUUCAUCAUCAAAUAUUUUACGACAGUUGCCAAUUGAUCAGCAAUUUAUGCCGCAAAAAUUAAAGCCUGGAAAAACGUCAUAUAUACAAAAUCCACAUGCACCCCAGCAGUUAGGUUCUGGGGGAACUGAAUCUAAGCAAUAUCCAUCACCAAGAACAUUACAAACCAAGCCUGUCCAAACAAUACCUAUACCUUUACACCCUGCACAAACCGAGCCUGUCCAAACAGUACCUCUGCCUAUACACUCUGGACAAACUCAGUCUUUGCAAAGAAAAUCUGUUACCACUCAACAGCAAAAGUCGAUACCUGUGAUGCGCAAUCAACAAACAAGUGUACAAGCAGACGGUAACACACAACCUACAAGUCCGGAACCUCGAAGGAGUUCCAAGUCUCAAAAGAAGGUUGAACGGAUACCCACAAUAAUCAAUGGAAAAAAAUAUAUGAUAGAUCCACUCUUUAUUGAUAUUGUAAAAAAAUACUUUUCAAGGGCAGGCCUAAAAAUGACAAUAGGUCUUUCAAAAAAUGUAAUGCAAACACUACCCGGCAAUAAGCCCUCUAUGAUUAGACCAAAAAUUCAAACAUUGGACCCAAAAGCUGGUACAAAAAUAAAUUCAGGUGUUAAUUCAAACCAAGGAAUAUUGAAUAAAACUAAUAAUCUUUCUCGUAGAGGAGAAAUAAAUGCCUCGCUUCUAAGCAAUGGGCACGUACAGACGGAUACUACAAAACCUUAUUUUCCGCAGCCAAAUACAAGUUAUGCGACUAAAACUUUUAUCCCACAGAACAACCCUAAUUUUCAAACUACAAGAAAAAUCCCGCGACCAACUUCUGCACCAAGUACAAGGAAAAUUGGUGUCACAAAACAACCUUCGUUUAUUCCCAAAAACUCGAUACCACAAACUACAGUUACAAUUGUUACACCCUCCAGCUUGAAACCACUAUUAUCCACAACGACCGCACCAAAGAGGAGAAAAGCACUACUUCUCCCAUUCAGGAAGAGUCCUGUAAAACCAACGACAACUAAACCGGUCACAAAAUCAACCUUGAGGCCAACUCUCCCCUAUCAAAAUCCACCAGUUCAAAAAACCACAAGCCUUCCAAACAUUAAACUGAACACCCCAACAAAUAAAAUCAAAGGCAUCCUGUCUAAUACCAUUGUACCAACAUCACCUCCCCGGAAUCUUUUAAGUAGAAAAACCACUAGUCUUGUUCAUAAUAACGGUCCAACUUCUCUACCUAGAUUAAGUAAGCCAACGCCCAAAUCUUCUAGUGGGUCUUUGGUAGUAACAAAGCCGAUCAUUGAUUCCCCACCAAAAUCUGAAACACAAAUUUCUAAUCCUGUAAGUACAUUGAAUAUUCCAGAUAAUAACAUGAACGCUGCAAGCAAUACCAGACCAUCCGUUUCGAACGCUCUUCUUCCAAGCCCAUAUGUGAAACCUGCAUCGCAUCAGUUAUCUAAUCCUGACCAAGAAAAACCAAAGACGAAGAAACAAGCAAAUGAAAAUGUAAAGGAUCAAAUAAAAUUGCAGACUUUCACUAGAAAGAAACCUGUUAAAGUGCAACUUGGAUUCCAUCUUAAUCAUUUCAGCCGCAAAAAAUCUAAACAAGAAAAAAGUGACAUCCCAAAAGACAGUGAUGGAUUCAUAUUCAGCGAUAUUUAUAGACAGAAUGAUGGAUUGAUUCAUUCGAACACGGUUGGUGUCCACAGAGGUUUUGUUGGAUUCAACAACGAAGGAAAUAAUGUUGAAUUAUUGGUUUUAAGAUAGGUCUAUAGGUUGGUAAACGGUGCCUAAUAUAUUUCUUCUAAGACUGGUUUUAAAUAAAGGGGUAUUGGUUAAUAAAAGCCGAAACAUUUUCCAUUUUUUAACCUUUAUUAUUUCUAUGAAAGCUUGUACAAUGUACAAAGAAUGUAUAUAAGAUAUGAAUUGUGAUUAUUUUA